GGUUUCUCUGGAACUUGCUUUGUAGACCAGGCUGGCCUUGAACUCAGAGACUAGCCUGCUUCUGGUUUACUCAUGCUUUUUAAUAAUAAUAGUAAUAAUAAUAAUAAAUUUUAAAAUUGUUUUUAAUGUUAUUUGUGUUUAUAUUAUAAUGUGUGCGUGUGUGUGUGCUCGCGCGUGCAUGCACACUCACAGCACUUGUGGAAUCAGCUCUCGGUCUUCACCGUGUGGGGUGCAGGGAUGAGCUUUUGUUGUUUUUUUCCUUUUUGAGACAGCCUCUUGUAGCCCAGGCUGAGCCUGCUGAGGUGGGGGGCGUACCACUACCCUGACUGACUCAUGAUUUCAGAGUGAAAGGGCAGGUGUCAGUUGUUAUAAAGAACUGUAUCAGGAGAGCUUGAUAACACUGGUUAUGGACUGUGUAUUAGAAAACAGUAUUCAGGCCAGUGAGGGGGCUGUCAGGUUAAAGCACUUAACUGCCAAACCUAAUGACUGGACUUCAAUACCCAGAACCCCCAGGCUGGAGAAAACUGAUAAUUACAAGUUGUUCUCUGGCCUCUGCAUGCUCACAUAGGAGAUGUAAGCCGACAUUUACACAUGGAUAAAAUGCAGUUUUCAAAAAUUUAAAUGGAGAUCAGUCAGGCUUGGUGGGGGACCAUGUUAACAUGCAUGAGACCCUGGUCACUGUCCCCUGUACUGCCAAAUAACAUUGUCAUCUGUUGUAUUUUGUUUAUGCCUUGGUAUAUAAGUGAAUGCCUUCCCCCCACACCCUGCAUUUUGGGUGGAUUGUUUAUUGAGAACAGGUUUCAUGCAACCUAGGUUCGCCUGGAACUCCCUGUAUAGCCCAGGCUGUUUCUUGAACUCCAGAUCCUCCUGCCUCAGCAUCUCAUGUAAAGCCUCCUUAAUCAUGCAGAGAUGGCUUCCAAGCGCAUCACGCAGGAGACCUUUGAUGCUGCAGUAAAGGAGAAUAUUGAGGAGUUUGAGAUGGGUGCUGAGGAGGCUGUUCAAGAGGCUGUGGAGCAGUUUGAAUCACAAGGGGUUGAUCUGAGUAACAUCGUGAAGACAGCACCCAAAGUGUCAUUGGACAGCCUCCAGGAGCCCACACAUGAUGUCCUGCAGGCUCUUAAUGAUCUGCAGGAGUCCCUGACUGGGUCUCGGCCCCAGGAGGUGUCGGCCCACCUUGCCCGAUUCUGUGACCAGUGCAGGCAGCAGAAGGCCAGCCGGUACCUGGCAGCUCAGAAGGGGGCCUACCCAAUCCUCCUGGCUGCCUGGCAACUGGCUGCCACAAGCGACCAGGGCCUUUUGCUCCAGGCUCUCAAUGCCUUGGCUAUGCUGACUGAUGGCCAGCCUGACCUCCUGGAUGCCCAGGGCCAGCAGCUGCUCGUGGCCACGCUGGCACAGAAUGCCGCCAACACUGACCUCACCUGCUGUGGGAUCCGCUGUGUGCGCCAUGCCUGCCUGAAACAUGAACAGAAUCGGCAGGGCCUGGUGAAAGCCGGAGUGUUGCCCCUGCUAACCGCUGCUAUUACACAGCAUAGCCAGCACGCCGAUGUGGUCAGGGAGGCCUGCUGGGCCUUGCGUGUCAUGACCUUUGAUGAUGACAUCCGAGUGCCCUUUGGCCACGCCCAUGAGCAUGCCAAGAUGAUUGUUCAGGAGAACAGAGGUCUGAAGGUGCUCAUUGAGGCUGCCAGAGGUAGGAGCAGCAUUGCGUUUCCUGACAACCCGGGAGUCCUGAGUGAACUCUGCAGCACCUUGUCCCGCCUGGCUGUGCGGAAUGAAUUCUGCCAGGAGGUCAUCGACCUCGGAGGCCUUGGCAUCCUUGUGACCCUGCUGGCUGACUGCAGUGACCACCAGGACCUUGUGAAACAAGUGCUCAGCGCCCUGAGAGCCAUUGCAGGCAACGACGAUGUGAAGGACGCCAUCGUCCAGGCAGGCGGUACAGAGUCCAUUGUGGCUGCCAUGACCCCACACUUAGCCAGCCCCCAGGUUUGUGAGCAAAGCUGUGCGGCACUCUGUGUCCUUGCCUUACGGAAGCCCGAGAAUAGCCGGGUCAUUGUGGAGGGUGGUGGAGCACUGGCCGCACUACAGGCCAUGAAAGCACACCCACAGGAGGCCGGUGUCCAGAAACAGGCUUGCAUGCUGAUCCGAAACUUGGUGUCCCGUAGCCAGGCCUUCUCCAAGCCCAUCCUCGACCUGGGGGCAGAGGAGCUCAUCUCACAAGCCCGAGCUUCCCACCCAGACUGUGAGGAUGUGGCCAAGGCCGCAUUACGAGACCUGGGCUGCCGCGUGGAGCUUCGAGAACUGUGGACAGGAAAGAGGGGUGACCUGGCACCGUGACCUUGGCUCAGCGAACUCUGACUCCAGAACAUGGGAGCUGCCACUCUGUCCCCACCCAUGCCACCCAGAGCAAAAGUGUUUAGCAGGUCAGUGGUGGGGAAAAGGGCAGGAGCAGCCCUUGGGGCCUGUGUCCCCACAGGCAGCAGUGGUGACCUAGUGGCCCACCCCUUCCAGUGCCCUUUCCCGCCCACAGUUUUUCCUGGCAGUUCUGGGGCAAAGGACAUAUGGGACUGCAGCAUUAUGUUGGAGUUUGGGGCCCCUGCAAGCCAAUGUCCCAACAGGGCCAGCCACUGGGCUGCAGUCCAAACACCACUCUAGCUCCUGAGGCAGGGCCAUGGGAGAGGUGCUUCCACCAAAGUUAGUUCCCUAAGACCCACAUGGAUCCACAUGGGGGCAGGGAAGAGACUCCUGCAAAUUGUCUUCUGAACUCCAUAUGUACACUGUGAUGUGUGCACACACACACACAUAAUAAAUAAAUGUAAUUUUAAAACUC